AUGAGCUCCAGUCCCGAACUUGUAAUCAGUGAAGAGGAGUUGAGAAUCAUCCAAGAACACAUUUAUGGAAGAUAUGGAGAAUUUCCGGAAGUGGACGUUGGAGAUGAGAUUGUUCAAUGUACAAGUGGAGUACUGGGUAGCUUACAAGUUGAACUUUUUCGUUUGGUUAUGCUUACUAUGUGCCAAAGACUCAUCCAACUGACAUGCUUCCCUGAUUUAAUUAAACUGCUAUUCAUCAUAUGCUGCGGGGUUUAUGCUUUAUGUGACUUCGUCAAAAAUGAUCAUCUUUUUAACAUUGUACUACUCUUCCCUGCAGCAUGUCUCGUGUAUAUUCUCGCUGCACCAUUGCCCAAGAAAGGAUUGUUCGUAACACUUUUCUCCAUGGCCCUACUCAUCUCCUUAGAAGCAAGGUAUGAUGCUUCAGAAACUUCAGCCAUCAGGGGUAUAUUAAUGUCCUUAAUUAUGCGGUUAUCAUCAUUCGCAUUCGAUUAUGAGAAUGGAAUCAUACCUCUGACUGGAACCAUUUCAUAUUUUGCCUACUUGUUCAAUCCGGCAGCUAUUAUAUUCGGACCUUUCUGUACUUUCAUCGAUUUCGUUGAGACCUUCAGAAAGAACUCUUUCAAAAGAGAAUUGUAUGUAUGGAUCGUCUCUUUCGUAUGCAUAGUAUUAUCCCUCUGCUCUGUUCUUCUAUCAUCAUGUUCUUCUAUUUUCGAAACAGAAUCUAUGCUUAUUAACGAUUAUAUCGGAGCUUUCAGCUUCCGAACCAGCCAUUACUUCAUAUGUCUCUUCUCCCAAGGUCUCUUUUGGCUGACUGGAGGUACUGGAUGGGUUGUUCAUCCUAUGAGCGUAGAAGCUCCCCGUUCUGUGGUUGACAUAGUAGUUGCUUGGAACAUUCCGAUGCACAAAUACCUGAAAAACUAUGUUUAUAAGCCGGUGGGUCAACUCGGACAUACGUCGCUAGCUAUCGGUUUGACGUUCUUAGUUAGUUCCCUCCUACAUGGUUUGAACAUCAAACUGUCUUUGGUUUUGCUCUCUCUGGGUUAUCUAACGUGGGUAGAGUCAGUCCUCCGGUACAGGCUGAGCAAUGUUCUAUCAGCAUGCAUAAGAGCCCGUCCCUGUGUUGACGAUUGCAAUCAUUUAAGGAAAUAUAACAAUUGGUUUACCAGAGCAGCCAAUGGUUUCUUUGCCCUUCUAGCGGUUUAUCACCUUAUUUAUUUGGGAAUGAUCUUCGAUGGACAGGACGUCGAACAUGAUACAUUCUAUGCUGUUUUCACAAAAUGGUCUAGUCACAGCUUCGCAAGUGUGAAGAUAGCCUUAGUAGCUCAUGUAACUCUAUUGGUAGUUCAGCAACUGUUCCCUCCUAGUGAUUCCUAG